CGUUUUAUUUGACUUUAGUAAGACUUCCGGAGUCAACCGAACAAGCAUGAAACAAGGUUUUAUUGCAUUUUUUAAGUUGCAAAAAUUACCUAUAAUUUUAUAAAAUGAAGAAUUGGAACGAGGGCGAAUGGGGAAGGUUGUAACUAAAGCAAGAACAAACGCAGAAAAAAAGUGAGCUGCGAUGUCUUUGCUUGAGGAUGCACUGGACGUGCUGCACAUGGUGCUGGACUAUUUUGGAGUGCCUCCAGAAAUUCUGGUGCCAGUGUGGGACAGUCCGCUGUGUGGACAGUAUCGCAGCAUUGUGAGAAUGAUCGGGUCCAACCUGCCUCUGACACCCACGGCACGGGUCUACUUUCAGCUCCCGCUCCUCACCUCCAGCCCGCACAGAUACAUGGAUGUCGCCAUGGAAACGCCAGCCAUCCCAUCAUUCGCUGACGUUCUGUGGGUACUUGAGGAUGGUUUUGCCAAGACCAGGCACCAUCUACCACUAAAGAAGCCUCCAGGACGACGACUGGUGGGAGGCGGAUGCGUUGGACAAAAGACAAACCCGGAAGCCUUGGAGAAGAUCUCUGCGCUGGAGAGCGAACUGUUCAAGCUGCAAGCUCAGAUAGCCAUUCUUGUUACUGCCACUCAGGCCACGGAUCUGCCAGAGUCCCAAAAUGCAAUCGGAACGCCGUUGAUGUCACCUGCGGCUCUCACAUCCACGCCAUGCUGUGCUCCCCCGCCUCCUCUUCCUCCUCCUCCGCCGCCUCUUCCUCCUCCUCCACCGCUAUGUCCCAGCUCGUCGUCCGUAGGCGAGCUGAUCCGACGACGCAAGUGUCACGGGAAGGACACGGAAACGAAACAGCUCAAAGCUGUUCAGAGCAUGCCCUCCAUGUUGGAUGUACUCAAAGACUUGAAGCAAGUGAAGCUGCGCUCUGUGGAGAGAUCACCAGGUGGCACGCCAGUCCCAAGGAGGUGUAUCAAAGGGGGCGCGACCAUUGCGAACGACCCAGUGGUUCUGAUAGCCGAGGCCCUCAAGAGGAAGUUUGCUCAGCAUCGUCACAACAAUUCUUCGGACAAAGAGAAUUCCCUGGAAUGUUCGCCGUUCGGCAGUCCGGACUCACCCAAGAUGUUCCAUCAUGCUCGACGCAACAAGGGGCUUUUCCAUUUGUGAUCAUGUCCGUGAACCCUGAAAAUCCCAACGUCUGUUCCCGCAUCUCCAGUUUCCACAGGUUGUUAAAUUGUUUUUUUUUUUAGUUUUGAUUUUAAGUGCCAGCCAUAAGAGUGCUCGCCACACAGUGAGCUCACUUUUAUGUUGUAUGUCAAGUGUUUUACGAUUCGUUGUAUAAAGCUGUUAUAUUUUAUUUUGGAUGCCCAAGCGGAAAAAAUACAGCAGUAAGCUGAAUUAUUUCCUUUUGGAAUUCUCGAGGAGGAUUCUACAAAUUUAGCACGGAUUGUUAGGCCCACAAGGAUUCAUACGCUGAUCAGAUCUUGAUUUGAAAUCUAUGGUAUGAUUAAUUUUGGGCUCAUCUGUAAUCUUUGUGUUCAUUUACCUGCUGAGAUAUAUUAUUAUUAUUAACUCAUUCCAAGCCCAAAAACACUUUUAUGAUUUGUGACGUUCACAUUCUGUGCAGCC